AUGUCGGCGAAGACGGAGCAGCCGCUCUCGUUCUUCGCGAAUCCGGCGCUCGACCAUGCCUUUGCCGGCACAACUGCCGGUGUGAUUGGGACGCUGUGCAUGAAUCCAAUGGACCUUGUUAAGACGCGCUUUCAAGUCAAUACGUCUGCGUUUUCCUCAGAUCCUGCGUUGCGCUCCGCAUGCUACCAGCGUAUUCACAGCAGGCCAUGGCUCUUUUACCUUAUGGGCGGCAAGCCAGGGGCCGACAUUUUUGAUGCAAUGCAUAGUAUAGUGGACAAGCAAGGAUGGGGGGGCUUGUACCGCGGCGUCGUGCCCAAUAUUGUAGGGAAUGCGUCGAGCUGGGGGUUUUAUUUUUUAUGGUAUACUAUGAUCAAAGAGUACAUGGCGAGCUCCUCCGUUGUGGACCAACCCGUAAGGCUGAGCGCGACGGAUCAUUUGCUCGCCGCGACAGAGAGUGGCGUCAUCACCGCGCUCAUGACCAAUCCCAUUUGGGUCGUCAAGACACGCAUGUUUACCACGCCCUUAGAAAGUACCGCACUCAAGACGACCCAGCAAGGCAGCACUGCUCCGGAAGCCUACCGUGGCCUGUGGCAUGGGCUUGUGCGCACCGUCCAGACAGAAGGCAUCUGCGGCCUUUACCGCGGCGUUGGUCUCGCCGUGCUGGGCGUUUCCAACGGCGCAGUGCAGUUCAUGGCCUACGAGCAGCUCAAGCAGUGGCGUACUGGACGCGAGCUUCGGCGGCGUGGUAUUAAAGGACAGCUCUCCGAGGCACAACUUGACAGUGUCAAGCUGUGCAAUUUCGAGUACACAGUCAUCUCCGGCGCCGCAAAACUAGUGGCCAUCACGUUGACGUACCCAUAUCAAGUCGUGCGCUCACGUAUGCAAAACUAUGUGACCAACCACUUGUACCCCAACACAUGGACAUGCGUUGUGAAAACCUUUCAAGCGGAAGGCGUGCGCGGUUUUUACCGCGGAUUUGCGAUGAAUGCAUUGCGCAUUCUCCCAGGCACCUGCGUGACGUUUGUGGCGUACGAAAAUGUUUCGUGGGCACUGCGUCGUGCGGCAGCUGCACGAGAAGAUGCACUGCAUCCAUAG